UCCAAAUCCCGUCAAAUUAUCCUCCCGUACUGUUUUUUUGAUGUAAUUAUCAUUUUUACUUCGCUUCGAUGGAAGCGGGAAUUUUCUUCUCCGUCGCUCCAAUUCUAUGGAGUCCCAAUUUCAAGUGCGCUCUCUGUCCCGUUCGUCGCUCUUUCCCGCGUAUCAUAAGGGCUUCUUCUUCUUCUUCUUCUUCUUCUUCUUCUUCUUCUUCUAGUUCACCGGGACGUUACAGAGGGCCGAAGCCCACAAGGGAUUGGGUGGCCGAUUGGGUCACCCAGAACGACGAUGCUGUUCGGAGCUUGCCCAUUUUCGUGGGAGGAAUUUCUCUCUUGGUCGUCCUCUUCAAUCGCGCCGUUUCUGGCAUUGCUCCCGUCGCCGAUGCCAGCAGUUCGCAGUCAAGAGCUGAUCUGUUAACACUUGGACUUGCUGUUACGAAUGUCUUGGCUGGUUUGGUGUGGCUGUCAAUCAGGCCGAAAUCUAUAACGCCGGUAAAUACACAAGGUGUUGCAUGUAAGAGGAUGUGCUCCAGUCUCCCCGAUCUUGUUACAUUUGAGUUGUUAUGGGUAUGGGAGUCUCUGUCCGAAGUGACAUGCUGCAGGUCUCUGGUUGUUGUUUAUGAUGGCAUGUGUUUAUUUCAAGUUGGUUUUGCUGCCGAAUCAGUUGAGGGUGAUGGCGAGGCCGAACAUGUGGAUGCUAGUGAAUUGAUGCAGGGAUCGCUCUAUCAAGGAAUUCGCAAAUCUCGAGCUCAGAGCUACUUGGCCAAUCUCUCUCUUUAUCCGGGGAAGUCAGAGCUGCCAUUUCUCCCCUCAAAUACUCAGGCGGUAAUAUUGCAACCACUUGGGGAUAAGGGUAUUGCUGUCAUUGGUGGAAACACUAUUAGGGGUUUCACAACCUCUGAUCAGGCAUGGAUUUCACUAGUUGGAGAGAAGCUGGAUGCUACUCUGUCAAAAUAUUCGAACAAUUUCCAACCAGCGGUAAAAUUGAGUUCAGAGGGGAAUUGAACUAUUGAUGGGCAAACAAGACACGGUUAUUUGGUUAUUUAUUUUAUUUAUUUCCAAUGUUUUCAAAUCAUUGGGCAGGUAGAGAAAUAAUGUUGAAGGCCCUGGAAAAGCAGACAAAGCAACUCAACUAUGUAGUUCAUUUCUAUGUCUAGUUGAUCGAAUCAUAAAUACAAAAGCUUCUCUUUCAGAUUCA